ACGGAGAGACAACGGCGGGCGAGACCGGAGAAGCAGAGACGAGCUAUGGAUCCCAAAAUCGUCAAGCCUCCGGGUCAGGACGAGGUCUUGGAACGACUCAAGAACCGUUACGGAAUCUGUAGCAAUGUCCAGUGUGAGGUAAACCCUCCCCCGGCCAGAGGGCAAGGCGACUGUCUCUUCUCCCUCCUGUAUCCCAGUCGGUUUCCUGGGUCCCGCUCGGCUCCCGGAGCCGCCUGCCUUUCGCCCCGCUUCGCUUCCAUUCCCCGCCAGUUUGUUGGUUUGGAUAAUCAGGUCAGAUGUAAAAGCAGAAGAUCUCUUACCUACACAGAUGUAUUGGAUAACUUAUCAUCAGAUCCAGUUAUGCCUCUUCCCACUGACUCAGCAGCAACAUUUUCUCACAAUACAGAAAUAAAUUCUUCGAAACCCCUUUGUGACCUGUUCAAGAAGAAUGUGAAUUGUCUAGAUGAUGACCUGGAUUAUUUUUGUGAUUUGAGUCCACUGGAGGUGGAAGAAGAGUUAGUUGAAGGUGAUCAUAGCAUCAGUAUUGCGCAGGGAGUUAAACCAUUCACAAAAGAAACACCCCCAGAUAUGACCUUGCUGUGUAAUUCAGUGUCUAGUAGUGAGUAUUUCUAUGAUGGAUAUUGCUCUCCAUUGAAGUAUACUGACAAGUCAGUAUCAUCUCGCAAGAUGUCUAACAAACUUGAGCAAAGUUUGCUUCCACCUCAUAUCAAUCAGAUAUAUAAUGAAUUAUCUCUAAUACAUCAGAAACUGCAGCAAGAAACUGCAGGACAGCAGGAGUUUGCUGCACAGCUUCAUAAGCGAGAACAUUUUUUAAGUCAAAAAGAAGAGCUGCUAAUCCAACAUGAAGCUGCUUUGACUAAAAUUAAAAGUGUUGAAGAAGAAAUUCGUACAAAAUUUCAAAUUAUGAAAGAGCAUCACAUUGAAGAAAUUAAGCACUUAACAGAAGCUCUUAAAGAAAAGACUAAAGAAAACAAGAGGCUAAAGUCAUCUUUUGACACAUUGAAAGAAUUAAAUGAUAACCUGAAAAAACAGUUAAAUGAUGUAAGUGAACAAAACAAGAAAAUGGAAGUUCAGGCUAAAAGAGUUCAAGGUCGUUUAGAAAAUUUACAGAGGAAGUGUGAUUUUGUGGCAGUACAGAAGUGUAAAGCUAUUUCUCCAUCCCUUCAUGAAAUGAAAACUACAAAGCAAGAAAAAACAUCAACUGCAAGAAUUAAUAAGGUUAAUGGACGUGUCUAUGAGAUUUUAAUUGUUUUGAUGGAAUGGAUCUCAGACUAUCAUCUUAGCAAACUGAAACCGGAAGAUGAUGAAGGAGAUGAUCAAAAGCAGUCAGGCCAAUUUUCUACCCAUAAAAACUAUAUUCAAGAGAAAUGUGUGAAGCUUUUACCUGUGAUUGCAGAGCAGCUACAGUGGAUGCCAUUUGUUAACCUCAAACUGCAUUUGCCUGUAAUAAAAUUUAUUUAUUGGUCUAUAAGACAGCUAGAUUAUGGAACACAGCAUUCAACUAUGACAGCAACAAUGAGGCGACUAGGUGAAGAACUCUUCAAAGGAGUAACUACAGGGACUCAUGAUUCUUCUCCAGAACAUUUUGUGGCAACUAAGCCAAAGACAGCAGUUUUCUUUAAGAGCCCAAAUUUAUCUUUAAGAUUUCUGUCAACUUUAAUUGUACUCAAAACAGUAACUCAAGUUGAUUACCUGGCUCACACAUUUGAUUCUCUUUGCUUGGACUUGAAGAUAGACGAAGGAAAAGCCUUGUUUUUGGAGUAUCAAGCUGUGCCAGUUAUACUAAGUCAUCUAAAAAUAACCAAUAAAGGACUGCUCUCCAAUGUCAUGGAUAGCUUACUUCAAAUGACAGUGGAAUCUCGAUUCUUGCAGCCUUUCCUAGAAGCCUGUAGCAAUGUAUUAUUUUUUCGUACCUGUUCUGUGCUACUCCGACACCCUAAACUUGAUCUGCAGAUACUGGAAAAACUCAGCAUUAUACUACAGAAACUCUCCAAAAUCAAGAGUAAUAAGAAGUUGUUUGAACUCUUUACACUUCACCUGAUGCUUCAAGAAAUCCAGAGGACAGCAAAUCCAGAGCAUGUCUUUCUUUGUAUCAACCUUAAUUCAACUCUCUUCAAUUUGGGUUUAACUAAAUGCAACUCCCUUGUCACUACUGCAAAUAGUUAGACAAGUUUAUUAUUUUUUAAAAAUUUUCUAUGCAUAUUACUUAUUUGUAAAAAUUGAAAGAUUGACCAAAGUGACUAAAAUUUUGCUAAGUAAAAUUAUAAGACAUGUUGUUGCAUGGCAUUGUUUAUCAUGAAGGGCAAAUAGACAACAUUUCAAAUAUUUUCUAAUUGAAUAAAAAGAUAUUGUGGAACUAUUAGAAUUCUCCUUUUCAAACAGAGUGAUACAACUAACAUAAUAGCCUGAACUUUCAGAGUUCGUGACACUUGUAAAGCUUACUUUUUUUACAAGUCUUUCAGGAAAAUUAUUUUAAAAUUAUGUGAUUGUUAAUUCUGAAUAAAGUUGAUGUUAAUUUGCAAA